GGUCGGUGAUUACUCACGCGAGGCGAAGGGUGUCUUAGUCAUAACGCCGAUUGUGACCUGCGGCGACGGGCCGACCGAUGGCAUCUUCCGCUGCUGCGUACGCUGCGGCCGACGAGGACGACCGGCCGUCGAGCUCCUUCGAUGGGAUGACCAUGGAGCGCCUCCUGCAGGCUGAGAAGAGCGUGCUCAAGGCCGGCCAGGCCACGCUAGAGGCGUGGAACAUGAUGACGAGCCAUAGCAAGCCCAAGGCCGACGACGUGUACCCGCCGGCGCCAUCAUCGGGUCCGCUGUACACGACGGCACCCGAGCACCUCACCGACUCGAAACCCAUGGCACGCCACUCGAGCUACACGGCGAUGGCGACGCCAUCGAGCCUCAAUUUCGAGAUCCCGCGCUCCGAGGAGCCGUAUGCGCGCGGGUCGUUCACCCUCGACUCGAUGGAAAGCCAGGAAGCGGCCGCGCCGAGCUCUUCGUCGUCGGCGUCGUAUGCGUCCGGUCCGCGCAAGGCGUUGCCGACGCUCAACAUCUUUGGGCUCUCGCGCAGUGUGAGCGCCGGGACAAAGUCGGAAGAGACAAUCCAUACGUUCACGGUCAAGAAGGCCGACAACUUCCUCAUCGACAACCUCAGUAAGAAGUCGUCCGUGCGCAUCUCGAUCGACACGGAGAGCCGCAUGCUCGCGUUCCAUGUGACCAACAAUGCCAACGAAAAGGAAGAGUUUUCGUGCGCUGCGAUCACUGCCAAGGAGAGCUCGAAGCUCGGGCUGCACCUCAACAUCCAGCAAGGACAGGCCGCGCCGAUCACGCGCAAGAUUGCCUUCUUUAGCUUGGACGACCGCCAGCGCUUCAUGGAGACGCUCGAGGUCGGCAAGAUCAAGUACAAAUCCGCCAAGAAGCUCGACGCGUGCGCCGACGACUCGGACGAUUGCGAGACCGCGUGGGACGCCGGCCAAGGCGGGUCGUACUCGAUGCCCGACACCGAAACCGAGCUUGACAAGCUCCCAGGCGAAGAGAUCAACCAAAAAGUCCAGCGCGUGACCAACCUCGUCAUCAUUGCACAAAAAGAGCGAGCGGUCCAAGGCGAGCUCAUCAUGACCAACUUCCGCGCCGUCUUCUUCCCGUACGACCCGUCGCUUCUGUACGGGUCGUUCGAGGUGCCAUUGGCCGCGAUCAAGGAGACGAAGUACGAAGGCCUCAAGAUCGUCAUUGCGUGCAAAGACCUGCGCAAGAUCUGUCUCUCGAUGCACGACGCAGUGACACGCAAGAUCAACUACAACGAGCAGCCGCAGCCGAUCCAAGGCCAUUUCAUUCAAAUGUUCAUGUCGAAACUUCGGCCGCCGCUCUCGGUCAGCAGCGUCUUUGCGUUCACGUACCACAGCGCCAAGCGCGGUGGCGUCGAGCUGCCGCGGGACGUUGACGGCUGGCUCGUCUACUCGCCCGUCGAAGAGUACAAGCGCCUCGGGUUCCUCGAGUCGCAAAACAGCAUGCCGUGGCGCCUCCUCAAGAACACUCGGUUCCUCUUCAGCCCGACGUACCCCCAGCUCAUGGUCGUGCCCUUCAACCUCGACAAGGACCAGCUCGUGUCGAGUGUGAAAUUUCGAUCCCGCGGGCGCCUUCCGAUCGCGGUCUGGCGCCAUCCAGACAACAAGUGCGUCCUGUCGCGGUCGUCCCAGCCCAUGUACGGCCUUCAGAGCAAGCGCUGCGAGGCGGACCGACAGCUCCUCAAGGCGUACCGCGACGCCGCCAAGAAGACGUCGGCGGGCUUGGCGCCGCCGCUUCACAUUGUCGACGCCCGCAAGGUCAUUGCGACCCAAGGCAACCGGCUCGUCGGCAAGGGCGUCGAGCAGUCGUCGCACUACGACAACGCUGUCGUCGAGUUCCUCGGCAUUGCCAACAUCCACAAGAUGCGCGACUCGAUCGAUGCGCUUCAGAGCCUUGUGCACCCGACCAUCACGGACGACGGUCACAAGGAAUUCCACAGCGCGCUCCAUGAUACGCGCUGGCUCAAGCACAUUAUGAAGAUUCUCUCGGGCGGGUCGCGGAUCGCACAGAUCUUGCACGAAGAAGGCGCGAGUGUUCUCGUGCACUGCAGUGAUGGGUGGGACCGUACGCCGCAGCUCUGCGGGAUCGCCGAGCUCAUCUUGGACCCGCACUACCGAACGAUCCGGGGCUUUGCCGCGCUCGUUGAAAAAGAGUGGUGCAGCUUUGGCCACAAGUUUCAUGACCGCGUCGGCGUCGGGAAGGACGCGUCCGACCUCGCGAACGAGCGGUCGCCGGUCUUUUUGCAGUUCCUCGACGCGGUCUGGCAAAUGACGCGCCAGUUUCCAACUGCGUUCGAGUUCAACGAGCGGUUCUUGCUGCACGUCGUCGACGCGAUCUUCUCGGGCCUCUUUGGCACAUUUCUGUACAAUACUGAGAAGGAGCGCGCCGACAACAUGAUGUGGCAGCGCACCGAGUCGGUGUGGACGUGCGUGCUUGAAGCGCCGGCGAGGUUUGCGAAUCUCAACUACCAACCCACGUCGCGUGUCUUGUACCCGCGGGCCAACUUGAAGCGCGUCGUGCUCUGGGAAGCUCUCUUCUUUCGCUGGGACCCCGAGAUGCACCCGGCGUACGUCGAGUCGCUCGACCCGCUCUCCAAGGCCAAAGACCCCAAGCACCACCACCCGCGGCAUAAUGCGACACACAACAGCGACCAUCUGCGCAUUGCUGAGAGCUUUACGUCGACCACGUCGACGCAGAUGACCGAGCUGAACGACAACUCGGACGGGUCGUCGUUCAGUGACAACGACGACGACGACUACCGGCCGUCGACGCGCCGCGCGUCCUUGGCCCGCGGCAACAAGACGCCGUCGGUCUCGGUCUCGGACAAGAUUGCAGCCGCUGCGACGUCGGCCGCGCUGAGCCCGGACCGCGAGACGGUCUCGAAUUUGCAGCAAACGCUCGCACAGUACCCGCAGCAGGCGACCGAGCGCGCGCGACAACGGUCGAAAGACUCGUCGCUGCGAGAAGCGCUCGAAAUGGUGCCCGACAAGACGCGGAUCCGGUAUCUGGAACAGCUCUUGAGCCAAAGCGUCGCGCGCGAGAUGCAACUGGAGGCGCAGCUGGACACACUCCAGACGCAACUCAUUGACCAGACGACCGACACUACGCCGUGAUGGCCUCUUAGAUUUCAAUAUUGUAAUACGACCCUUGUCCCGCGAUACCCAACCCUUGCUCGCUAGCC